UUCAAGAUGGCGGCUAAAGGCAAAUGUUCUCGCCCAGAGAAUUCGAAGGGUUUUUUAAGACGUUAGAAGAGGGAGCCCGUGUGAAAUUGGAAAGGAUACAAUGAAAAAAUAAAAAUUGUGCUGAAGGAAAAAUGCAUCAAAUCGAGAACAUUGGUUUCCUUAAAUUGCAAAUACCUGUAUUAUGGAAAACGAAGCCAGCGGUUUGACAGACUCCUUCGUGGCCAGACACACUAUAGACCCUAUCUUACGCUCGGAUCUGCUUUCUCGUAAUCAAAAUGGCUCACGCCCUGACCAAGGCACAUGGUUGGGGGCACAGAUUGCUGGGUCAAACAAUAUUGUUAGCGACUUGUCUGCAGCUGGUUCGUAUUCGGGGCACAUAAGACCUUGCAAUGUUGAGUCUUUAGAGUCAACGAACAACAGUCCUUUUGCGUUGGUGCAAGGAGUAGCCAGAGCAACAGUCCAAAUGAACAGGGGAAUGCGGGAAAGAGAACAGCGUGAAUUGGAGCGGGAACAACUUCAAAGGGACCAGGACAGAAGGGAAAGAGAGAUUAGAAUGAGACAAAAUAGAGAAGUGAUAGAAAGGGAGAGAAGGGAAAUGAGAAGAUCUAGUGGAUGGAGAGAAUGGCAAGAAGCAAUUCCUGGACCUUGGUGCUCAUGCCACCUUGAAGAGUUUGUGGGAGACACCAUAUGCAGAAGAUGUGACAGACAGAGAUACUUGUAA